AUGUUCGAUUACUUCCAUGUCUAUUUAGUCAAUGGCAUCUUCAAUGUUCUGACAGGGUUUUUUCUUGGAGAGCUUCACAACCAUGGCUGGAAGCACAAUGACAUUGAUCGCUUCGCAAAUGGUUUUACCUGGCCUUCUCGUUUGCGAGGUGCUGCUGCAAAGGAUAUCUUGCAGAAGCGAAAGCCAAGCGAAACCUUGAAGUGUGGAGCCAGCGAGGCUCUGAACUUUAUGCAGCUGCUGCGACUCUAUGUGCUAGUCUUUGUGAUUGAUGCUUUGCAAGCGAUCAAUGCCAAACCUUCAGCAUUUACCCCCCUGGAGUUGCAGCAGCUCAUCAAAAGGCAUCUCGAUCUGGCGAAAAGUCGGUAUGGAGAUGAGUGGUGGGUGCCAAAGUGUCACUUGGCAGGCCAUUUGGCGCUGCAACUGGCCAAGCAUCAGGUCCUCCUCAGCUGCUUUGUGCACGAAAGAAAACAUAAAAUCAUCAAAAAAAUUUCGAAUGAAAUUUUGGAUACAAGCAGAACCUUUGAGAGGAGCAUCCUACAAGAUGUACUCCAUGGUCACAUGGAAAGUCUGUCAGAGGGUGUAUACCUCCCAGGCCAAGGAGUUCGCUUGGUCGACCCUGUGAGACCAGCUCCUGCCAGAUUGCAAACAGAGAUACACAACACGAUCCGGGUCCAGGGUGAAGUCUUCACAGCCAGGCAGGCAGUGCAUGGAGGAAACUUCACCGUGGCUGUCGGCGACUUGGCCUUGAUGGAUCUGGAUGGGGUCACUGCCGUAGGCAAAGUGGCUUAUCAUGUAAUGUGCGAGAAAGUUGUAUGGUCGCACAUUACCUUCUGGACACAUGUCCAUGGCUGUAUGUAUGAAGUCUCCGACGAUUGUGGCCUCGUGCAAACCCGACUGCUCCGGGCCACAUGCCCUUACAGCAUUUCGGGCAAUGCUGCCAUUGUCGCAGUCCCGCAGGUGUAA